AUGAAUAAUUCAAAAAAUAUUUCUGACGAUGUUUCAAUACAUCACGCCACAACUACUAACAAAAAUAUUUCCAAAUUUCUUGGUUUAAUGAUCGUUUUAUUAAUUGUUAUCCUUGCAUUAGUGGCAGCUAUACUAGGAUUUCUCAUUGUCAAACUAAACAAAACACAAAACAUCAUUAUCAAUAAUUCUUCAUCUCCAUCAAUAUUAUCAGAUUCAAUUACAAUCGAUCAAAUAUUGAUUCAUUUAAAUGAAUUUCAACGAAUAGCUGUAGAAUCAAAUGGUACCCGUCAUAUAAAUUCAAUUGGAUUCAAUAAAACAGUCGACUAUAUAUAUAAUCAUUUAACACAAAAAACAAAUUUAGACGUUCACAAACAAUAUUUCGAUGUACCGAAUUUUGCCUUAAAUUCAACACCUAUAUUAAUCUCUUACAUUAAUGGUCAACGUUUCGAUUAUAUAUAUGAUGUUAAUUUUACUCAUAUGCAAUUUUCUGGUCCAACUUUGAACUGGCCUACAACUGGUUACCCGACUACACAUGUGCCCAAUUUAGGUUGUACAGAUUUAGAUUGGGAACAAGUUCAAGCUAAUGAUAAAGUAGCUAUUGUUAAGCGUGGUGAUUGUACCUAUAGAGAAAAGACGGUGUUAGCAUCAAAAUACAAUGUACGCGGUGUUUUGUUCUAUAAUGAUGGUAUCAGUUCUGAACGAGAAAAACCUGUCAUGGCUGGUGUACCGACAGAUACAAAAUUUCCUUGUUUUUCAUUAUCAUAUCAAGCUGGCCUCCAGUUAGCACAAAAUACUCAAACAACAUCAAUUGUAAUGAAUAUUGUUGUAAAACCGUUACCGCCCACAAUUGUAACAAAUGUGUGUGCUGAUACAAAAACAGGUGAUAAAACUCAAACAAUUGUUAUUGGUAGUCAUAGUGAUAGUGUGGCAGCUGGCAGUGGAAUAAAUGAUAAUGGAAGUGGAACAGCGGCAACACUGGUUAUUGCUACUAAUUUAGAUCAUUUCUUAUCAAAACAAUCUUCAGUGUAUUCUGCUUAUGCUUACAGAGUACGAUUUUGUUGGUGGGGUGCAGAAGAAUCUGGUCUUGUUGGUUCAACCGAACAUAUUCAUCGAGCCAAUACAAGUACAGAAAUUGGUAAUCGUACUAUUGAUUAUCUUGUUAAUCUUAAUUUUGAUAUGUUAGCAUCACCGAAUUUUGUUAUUGCUAUUUAUGAUGGAAAUACGGCUAAUAAUGUAUCAACACCAUUAUCAGCAAUUGUCGGUAGUAUAAAAUUAACACAAUUAUUUAUUAAUUAUUUUACAACUAAAAAUAUGCCAUGGGAUUCAAAAAUAUUUGAUGGACGUAGUGAUUAUGGUCCAUUUUUAUUUGCUGGUAUUGUUUGUUCAGGAUUAUCAGCUGGUGUUGAUCUGACAAAAACAAAAGAACAACGUGAUCGGUAUUAUCGAUUAUUAAAUGAAGAAGGUGGUAUGGCAAAUGUUGUCUAUGAUCCAUGUUACCAUCAACAAUGUGAUACAAUUGAAAAUAUAAAUCCUGUUAUUUAUGAAAUAUUAGUUAAAGCAGCCGCUUAUAUGAUUGAAUAUUUAGGACAAUUAAAUGAUUUAAAGACGUGGUUGUAUCCAAAUGGACAAACAACUCGCUCGUUGCCAUCAUUGAAUAUAAACGAUGUAGUUCUAAACAAUUAUUAUCGAGCAAAAGACCUAUAA